AUGAGCUCAUCCGCACCCACCGACGCCUCAAAUGGCGAGUCCGUACAAUCCAAGCUGGCCGCCCUGGCCGCCCGUCAAUCCAAGGGUCAAACGACAGACCCCAAAGCUCUGACAAAAGCGUCUACCAAGAACGCCCGACUUCCCGCUCAGCCUGUUGAGGGAGGCUCGACGACCAAGGCCACGGCGAGGCAGAAGAGCAGCAAGAGUAAACGUAAAGGAGAGAAGAUGAAGGAGAAGGCUUUGGGGACUUCGGAGAGGUUGGGAACCAAGGUGCAGCAGCGAGAGAAUAGGAAGUCUCAACGAGAACGAGCCAAACGAGCAUGGGAUUGA